AUAAGAUAAUUAAUUAACUUGUAUUUCAUGGUUAGUUAGCACUAUGCUAAACAUGAGCGAGUGUACUUACUUCCACUGGAUACUGUUCUUGGACUUUUUCUCGAUGAGUCCAAUUCCCUCCAGCACAUUCGUGAUGUCGUAGAUCCGCCGCUUCUGCCGCACCGCCAACGUGUCUGCAGCCUGAAUCAACAAAACACACACAAAAAUUUUUUUACUACUAAAGUGUCAUUUUCAAUAACACACAAGAACAUCAAGCAAACGCAGAAAGCGAGAAGGCGACCGUUUGUGGCAUCAAAUUCAAAAACUGCAGUUGUUCAACUUCCUUCCAAGUCAUGGGGCUUGUGCCAAGGCGGUGCAGAUAACUUUAAGCGUCUGCGUGCUGAUAAGUCCUGCUGGUGCACCCGCAAAACCGCUUUGACGAUGCAAGGCCCAAUUAUGGAGCAACAAACAAUAGUAACAAAACAGUACAGGAAGUAGUAUUAAGACUCGUUUCGGUGUGUUUCACUUGACAGCACAGUCAAGCCAGCGGCGUCGGUCUUCAGCGGGGGGAACCCGGGCAUGCUGGGGGGGCUGUUGAGGAGAAAGUGUCGGCCAUCAUGCCAAGGACUGUGCAGAGUAAAAUAGCAGCCAUUUUCUGCUGACACCAUGAAGAAGACCAAAGCAAAAGAAAUCAGCAAAACUGCGAAGGAGUUUGUGUUUGAGUUCAAGGCAGGGAAACACAACUGUCUGCUUAAAGUGCCUCUGCAGUUCCCAGUUGAAGAGAACGUCAGCGACCUUCAUGGACGUUUGAUGCUGCUCCAUAAAAUACCAUGCUACGUAGAAAAUGAGCUGAAAGUGUCUUUGUCGGACUUCAUUGAGAAGGAGACCAUUUUAGAUUACGACUGGGAAGCGGAACUGGCACUGCAGAGACUCACAACGGGCCAUGUCGACGUAAACCAGCUUGCCAAUGCGUGGACCAGGUCCUACGUGGAGACCACACUCGAGCACGCUCGACCCGAGGAGCCCAGCUGGGAUGAGGACUUUGCAGAUGUUUACCACGAGCUCAUACACUCCCCUGCGUCGGAAACGCUCCUCAACUUGGAGCACAACUACUUUGUCCGUAUAUCCGAACUCAUCAGCGAGAGAGACAUGGAGAUCAAGAAGAUACAGGAGAGGCAAGCUGCCGAGAUGGACAAAGUGAUGCAUGAGUUGGGGAAUACGCUCAGUGACCACGAUGUGAACACAGUAGCUUCACAGCACUUUGAUGCACAACAGGUGCUGGAGAACAAGUGGGCCAGCGAAUUGAAGCAAGUGACUUGUAUCCAAAAGCAGGAGUAUCAGGAGUGGGUCAUUAAGCUGCACCAGGACCUGCGGAAAUCAAACAACAGCAGCAAAAUUAAUGAGGAGAUAAAGGUGCAGCCCAGCCAGAUGGUGGAACCUUCUGAAUCAGGCGGCAGGAUGUUUGAGGAGCAACCUCAACUGGAGGAGAGCUUCACUAUUCAUCUAGGAGCGCAGCUGAAGACGAUGCACAACCUGCGACUGGUGCGGGCUGACGUCUUGGACUUUUGUAAACACAGACAUCACGGCAGCGGCGGAGCAAAGUUGCGGCGCCUCCAAACGGCCCUUUCGCUCUAUUCCUCCUCGCUUUGCGGUCUGGUACUGUUGGUUGACAACAGAGUCAACUCCUACAGCGGAAUAAAGAGAGAUUUUGCAACGGUGGCGAAGGAGUGCACAGACUUCCACUUUGCUGCUCUGGAGCAGCAGCUGGAGGAGGUGCAGCAGGUGGUGCUCUACGCCCGAGCCCAGCGGAGCAGCAAGCAAAAACAACAAUCUGAGAUCCCAAGGAAUGGAAGUGACGAUAAGAGAAAUCCUUCCAAUAUCUCACCGGGCGAGUUCUACGUCUCCCGGCACUCCAACCUGUCUGAGGUCCACGUGGUCUUCCACCUGUGCGUGGACGACAAUGUGCGUUCCGGGAACAUCACGGCCAGGGACCCGGCCAUCAUGGGCUUGAGAAACAUUCUGAAAGUGUGCUGCACUCACGACGUCACCACCAUCACCGUCCCGCUGCUGCUGGUGCAUGAAAUGUCGGAGGAGAUGACCAUACCGUGGUGUUUGAAGAGAGCUGAGCUGGUGUUCAAAUGUGUCAAAGGUUUCAUGAUGGAGAUGGCGUCGUGGGACGGAGGCGUUUCACGCACUGUGCAGUUCCUGGUGCCAAAGAGUAUUUCGGAGGAAAUGUUCUACCAGUUGAGCAACAUGCUGCCUCAGAUCUUCCGAGUGUCGUCCACGUUAACGCUCACGUCAAAGCCCUGACUGGUACCGAAUCACUGUGUCCUGUACUCAAGGGUCGUGGGGGUGCUGGAGCCUAUCCCAGCUGUCUUCGAGCGAGAGGCGGGGUGCACCCUGGACUGGUCGCCCGCCAAUCACCGGACACAUAUAGACAAACAACUAUUCACACUAAAAAAUUUUUUUUUUUUACACGCAAUUAUAA